AUGCUGGUUCGUGAACAGCCGCUACUGUCGCUACUGGAUUGUGGACAUCCCCAGCACGCAGCCACAGGGCCCACCGCCCAUGCAGCCUACCUCCGCCGCCACCACCCCGUCCAUCCCCCGGGCGACCCAGCUCAUUCCAACCCCGACCCUGACCCCGACCCCCGUGACCCCGAGCCACGCCCCCCCCAGCCCGCGGACGGAGGCCCGGCGGGCGGUGAUAGCAGGUUAGGGGAACCCAAGCGGGGCGGUCGGCCCCCCUCCUCUGGGGGGCCCGGGCCGGCGACGGAAGGACCGGCCGCGGAGGCCUGGGGGGAGGACACCGCCGGGACGAUGGACGAUGGACCCUGGAAUGACCUAGAUGAUCUGGGAGCUCCGCCUGUGCCGCUCCGGGAGACAGAGUGCUCUGAAACCAGAAUGCCCCCUGCGUCCUCCCGGGAGCCAGCUGGCUCUGGGGCUGGUAGUGGCCCCGGGGGCUGGCAGCACAGCCAGCAGCCUCCUUCAUCAAUCAUGACAGGAGGGUCCCCUUGGCUGCGGCCCCCGUCGGCUGUGCACACUGAGCAGGCCACCGCCCCAGAGAACAGUGAGGACUCCCUCUUUAUCUUUGACAUCCAGCGCCAGCAACAGGACGACACCACCCCGUGGCUGAUGUUCACCGAAUGGCCCCGGUACUUCCACCGGCGCUCGCUGCUGGGCCUGCUCCGCGCGGCAGGGAUGCCUGACACCCCCCAGGCCCUGCCCGCGCUGCAGGCGCACUGGGGCGGGGGACCCCCACCCACAGCGCCCGGCCAGCGGGAGGAGCAGCGCCGACAUAACCACAUCCUCACCCAAACAUUAUAA